AUGGAGAAGAUGGAUAGCAACUCCCAGCAUGUCGAGGGGGUACAUGCAAAGGAAGCUGAUGUUAGCCCUGGGGCUGUUGAGUCUGGCAAGCAUGAGGCAUUCUAUGUCGAGGACCGAGUCGCCCAUCUCUCCGAGGAACAUCGCCAGUAUCUGCUCGCCCGUCAUGGCACGCUGGAUUUGGAUCCGAUACCAGACAUGAACGAUGCAGACCCGUAUAACUGGCCGACAUGGAGGAAAACCGUCAACCUAACGCUGGUCGUCUUCCACGCCAUGAUCGGUCUCUUCACUGCAGCCUCUAUCCAAUCUGCCUUUGUCAACAUCUCGGCCGAUCUAGGUGUUAGCAUGCAGCGCACUAGCUACCUGGUCUCCCUCUUCAUCGCCGUGCUCGGUGGUGCGCCUCUCUUCUGGCGCCCACUGUGCAACCGGUUCGGCCGCCGGCCUAUCUUCCUGAUCUCGCUGAUCUGUGCGCUGGUCGGAAACAUUGGCUGUGCCAACAGUCACUCCUAUGGAACCAUGGGAUUGUGCCGUGCCAUCACGGCCUUCUUCAUCAGUCCCGCGGCCGCUAUGGGAAGUGCCGUUGUCGCGGAGACCUUCUUCAAGAAGGAUCGUGCUCGAUGCAUGGGUUACUGGACGCUGAUGGUGACGAUUGGUGUGCCAGUUGCUCCGUUCCUGUUUGGGUUCAUGGUCAUGCGUGUUGGAUAUCGCUGGAUCUACUGGGUCCUGGCUAUCGUCAACGGCGUACAAUUCAUUUUGUACUUCUUCUUCGGCUCGGAAUCCCUCUACCUCCGCAACGAGAACGCCCCCAGCCAAAUCACCAGCGCCAAAGAAAGCAUCUUCAAGUUCCGCCGCAUCGACCCAGCACCCCUCCGUAUUUGGGACUUCGUCCAACCCCUGACCUACGUCACCAAGCCCUGCGUGUUCAUCCCAGCCUGCGCCUACGCCAUGAUCUUCCUCUGGGGUAGCAUCGCGCUUACCAUCGAGAUCCCGCAAGUCUUCCCAGAGCAAUUCGGCUUCAACACCCAGCAAGUCGGUAUGCAGUUCAUCGGCGUGAUUGUCGGCUCGGUGAUCGGUGAGCAGAUUGGUGGCCUGAUCAGUGACCGAUGGAUGGCACUGCGACAGAAGAAAAUUGGUGCUCCGCCGGCGGCUGAGUACCGUCUGUGGCUGAGCUAUAUCGGACAUGUGCUGACUAUUGUUGGUGUUGUUGUGUUUGCGGUGCAACUGGGCAAGGCCGGCGAUAAGUGGAACAUCACGCCUAUUGUGGGCGCGGCUAUCGCCGCAGGUGGUAAUCAGAUUGUUACUACUAUUAAUAUCACGUACGCCGUGGAUUGUUACCGCGCGGAUGCGGCGAGUGUGGGUGUGUUCAUUACGUUUGUGCGACAGACUUGGGGAUUCAUCGGACCCUUCUGGUUUCCCCAGAUGUUUGAGACUGUUGGUUGGGGUGGUGGUGCGGGCAUCGCUGCGGCUCUGAUGGUGGCUGUUAGUGUUAUUCCGACCAUGAUUCUGCAGGCCCGUGGACCGAAGUGGCAUUAG